CACGACACAGGAAGCAAACCUGCUAGUGUUGUAUUGCUGAUUCAACGUUAGCUAAAGACACUUCUGUAUUGUUGACGCUUGUUUACACCACGGGAAAGCCUUUAAAUCUAGUUUUGAAUGGGACUUUAUUACUUUUAAGCAACGUUUGUGCGCGGUGUCUCAUCGAGCUCAGCGUCUGAUCCUCUUUGACGCUCUCCUAACAGCUUUGCUAACCUGAUAGUGAAGAUGAAUUUGGUCAAAAACAAGACUAUGCACCCACACAUGCUCGAUGAUGAAGCUCUUGUGGUGGAAAACGCCAUCAGGCUGGCAGUGGACUCGAUAAUAAACGUGCUAUACGGUGUUAACAGCGCCAGGUCUCGGGAGUACCAGCGGACGGUGGCCGACAGGGACAAACAGAUCGAGCAGCUGCAGGGCAGGCUGACGGAGGUCGAGCAGGAGCUGCAGGGGCUUCAAACACCCGGAUGCACCUGCGGGGGGUUUGGAAAAGGGCACAGCCUCCUGGGAUCUCAGACCUCCGGUGAACCACAGAGCUGCAGCCACCCUCAGAGGAGAGCAGAGCAGCCGGAGUGUGACAUAUUGGGUCUUUUUGCCAGACCCCCCUCACACGUGUCCUCCCAAAGCCACGAGUCGGCUCUUCCAUCUUCCCCCAGCAGAGUGGGUCUGGACCAGUCCUGCACAUCCCACUCCUCCGAGACCUCAGGUGUCUUCGACGAAGCCAGGAAUCUGCCUACAUCUCCCAGCAGCCUCGUCAUCAAAGAGGAGCCGUGUGAUAUCGACACAGUUUUAAUAAACUGGGAAAUUAGUGACGAGAGAUUCGAGGAGCAUCAGGAGAGCACAGGCAGUCAGUGUCACGACAAUGAGAGCCCAAAUGAAAAAGACACAAUGGAGAACACAGAAAGAAGAACGUUUGGGGAGAGACCUCAUGAAGAUCCAGGAGGACAUUACAACCCUCACGAAGAAGACCUCAGGAACAGAAAUCAGGGCGUGCCAACAUCUGAGCGGGAGGAGGAGGCUCAGAGACUGAAGAGAGCCGCCUGGAGAGCAGCUUCCAAACGCUACUAUGCCCGAAAAGUAGCCCGCCAGCAGGCAAACCCCUCACGCUCAGGCCCCUUCCCCCCACGGUCCAACUUCCUCCCUUCACGGUCAGCCCCUUUCCCCCAAAGGUCUGGCCCCUUCGUCCACAUUACCGAUAACCGGUUUUCCCAGCCGAUCUCUUUUGUCGAAGAGGGAAGGAGGUCGCAGACUGAAGAGUCUCAGUCGCUGCAGAGGGAGGCGUGGAGCGCCUCGUCCAGGAGGUACUAUGCCCGAAAAAAUGCUGACCACCAGACGGAGCCCACACAGUACCCUCACCUCCAGAACAUGGAGCCGUCCAGAGAAACACUGGGAGCCAGCAGUGGAGGGUCCCACUCUAACAGUGGAGGCAUCAUGUGCAGCUGAGAGACAGUGAAGCUGUUGAUACCUUUUCUAUGAUCUAAAUAUUGAUUUAAUUCUGUAAAGUAAAAAUACUAUUUUUGACGGUUUGUACUGAUGUUGAUAUUGGGUCUCAGGUCUUCUGAUAUGAUUCAAAUAGUAUGCACCCUAAUGUUUGAAAUCAUUAAUUUGUGUUUUUCUUCAUAGUUGAAUUCUGCUACUAACCCUCAAAUCAACUGUGCAUUUAUGUCACUUUGAUUCAAAUUGAUCACCCUUUUAUUAUUUUCUUCAUUAUAACAUGCCUGUGGGGAAGUAUGACUGCAAGUGAUUACAUUUAUAUAUUCUGGGGCGAUAUAAAGCUUUUUAUAAGUAGUACUCAUGUAACAGCAUCUGCAUUAAUAUAGCGCCCCUGGAGUCAAACAUAUGUAACUGCAAUGAAGGUAGUGCUCAAAUUAUGUGCUCAAAAUCUCUGUGUAAAUAAAAAAUAACAAAUACUGGAA